AUGAAUUAACCAAAUAAUGUUAUUUCAGAGAAUCUUGUGAUUUCAUAACCACUUUAUGAUAAUGAUUAAGCAGCACAAUCUAUAUAUGAUAAAUAUCUAAAAGAUUGUUCUUUGAUCCCAAUUCAAUUAAUAGAAGAAUCUAAGGAAAUCUAAGAAAGACCAUUUGCAGGAACAAGACAAAGCAGUUAGCAAUUAUCCAAUUAAAGAAAUGGACAUAAUAUUUAGGAAUUUAGUUCUUUAGAGAGAGAAUAAAGACACAGAAAUUAAUAACAAUUUUAGUAGAUAAAUUAUUAAUAUGAUCAGCACUAUCAAUAUUAUUAAAAUAAUUAAAUGAGAUAGUAACCUUAUUAAAAUAUCUAUUAUCAUCAGAGAUAAUAUAAUUAAUUAUAAAAUUAUUAUUAAGAUUAAUAUUAGUAUCAUUAAAAUAGAAGAAACUAAUAAAAUUAUAGAUUGGAUUAGGAAUAUUAUGGUAAUCGGAUGAGAAGAUAAGACUAAGGAAGAAGGAGAAUACAUCAUUAACCAAAAUAUGGAUUAGAUUAAAACGAAAUUGCAGCUUUAAGUGAAAUAGUUUAUAGAUAGAGUAAAGCUUAAUGUUGGGAUGAUGAAAAUAAGAAAUGCAGUAUAUGUAUUUCUUCUUUUGAGGAAAAUGAAAAAAUUCGAUUUUUACCAUGCUUACAUAGGUAUUAUUAUUAUACUUAUUUUUGA